CUCGACUGCUCGCGUAAGCGGAUCGACUGACAAGCCAAAAACUGUAUAGACAGCCUAGUAAAACGGCCAUGUAGAAUUCUUCAGCGUGUCUUUUUGUGUUUUUCACUGAUAAAAAUCAUGUCAUAAUAGAAUCCUGUGGAUGUAAAAGUAACAUGGCGACAAGAGCUCGGAUCAGAGAGCCGAUACAUCGUCAACACUGAGGAUGGCAGCGGAGUGAAAAAUCCAAAAUCCCUCAUGCUCCGGUCAUACUCAAUCGACAUGUCCAUGUGUGCCGGAUAAAUAUAGUGUUCAUGUAAACAUUGAAUUUUAUUCACUGAUUUGGAUGAUACAGAAGAUGUAUUUCUCGGAGACAAUAUUGUCCUUGUUUGUCAUGCAGUGCUUUCUGGCGAUCAAUGUGAACGCCGAGAUACGGUGCAGAUGUAACGAACCCGAGUGUGUCAGCUCAGGAACACAGAUUUGUAAAUCGUCAAAUAUCAAAAUGUGUUACGUCAUGAAAACCUUCGAUGGCAGUACGCCCCGAUACUCACAAGGGUGUAUGGACGCAUUAGUCAAGAACAAAAAGUAUAAAAAUAUAUGUGACACAAAAAGUGAAACACAAACUUACGAGAACUUUGUGAAGUACCACCAUGAGCCAGUGGUGCAUUGUUGUAGCAAGGAUUUGUGCAAUUAUAAUAUCGUGAUGAACGUUCCUCCCAAUAGAACAUUGGUUAAACCAGAGCCGGUAAGCCCUGGACUACCAGAAUACAAUUUUCCACAUUCCAUCCCAGAAGACACUAGAUCCGCCAAUCAAGACAAGGAUUUGUGGUUCAAAGCGGCAGUCAUAGCCGUACCUAUAGCAGGAGGAUUCAUUUUAGUUUUACUAGUAUUGCUGGCGGUGCGCAUGCUCAGAGCAGACACACGACGCCAGAGACAAUUUAUAGAAUUUCGAAGGGAGAGAACCAGUUUAACUAAAUCACAUCUGUAUGUCACAGAUCGCUUUAGUGAAAAAGUAGGGCGGACUUCGCCAUUGUUUGGCGGAAUGCAUAAUCCACUAUGCAAAGACCCUUUAAUUAAUAAUUCUCGAAUGAAAAAGGAUGGAAAACUCUAUGAGAAAGUGAAUACGAAACCGGAAGUUCAUCGUGCGCAGACGCCGAUCAUAAUAUGGGGUAAACCAUCUCACAGAGAUUUUGCGACUGUGGUUUAACAAUAUAUGUGAGAUGUUCUCCUUCCUUUUGUCUUUCUUUAAAGGGUGUUACGAACGGAGCUAUUGUGCCUUCUAUAUUUUGUGACACCAUAAUGACCGAAUGGCGACUAUAAAAAUAGUCCCCAGAACAGCAAGACUGAAAAUAUGUAUGUUGAUUAUGAGUGCUCUAAUUAUUAUUAUUUGGUCCAAACUUUAGCCAUGUAAUGGCAUGUCAUCAUAGUCCAUCCGCAUUAAUAUUUAUCACGAAAAGCAAAAGAAUUAGUCCUUACUGUCUACUUAUACACAGUUCAUACACAUUGUUGAAGUGUAAAGUAUUCCCUUUGGGGCUUAAAUUUGAAUAAUUUUAACGCUGUAAUAUACAGUGUAAUUUAAGCAAAGGAAAACAAAAUUUCUGUUUUACGAAAGCACCACAUAGCGUUUAAGAAUUUCUGAUAUGAAAUUUGGAUGGACUCUAAAAAUGUAGUUAUGUAUGUAAAAGGAAUGCUGGGGCGCGUUAGAUUGGGCACUGUGUGCCAUCUUUAUGCAUUUUUGACAAAUGUGUCUUUCACAUGUAUUUUCCCUCAUCUAUCAUAGAAUAAAUGUGUCUGAAUGCUACAAAUAGCAGAUUGUCGUGACUUGCGUGAGAGUACUGCCAUGCUGGAGAAUUUUUUUUUUUUUAAAUCGGAAACUUUAUAAACGCUUUCUGGUUUUUCCCCCGUUAAACAACCUCAGCAGCAAAUGUUUCUUUAUUUUCUCGAUGCUCUAACAAUAAUUUAAUCAUUCUUUUGCAUUUUAACACAAAGCGUAUUUUGUUAUUAUUUACAUUUUUAACAACUAUUUUAUCUUAAAUUAUUUAUUUUUGUCUAAUGAUUAAAAACAGUUAAAGGACGAGUGUUGUAGGUGAAUAUGGUGUGUCUGUGUGUGUAUCUGUUCAUCUUUAAUUGUUGAACUAUCUCAUUUUUUUGUUGUUGACUACAAAUUUGUAUCUUUAAAACAAAUUCUUAUUUAUUUGAGUUCAAAAAAUUAAAAUUGUUGUUUCAAAA